AGAAGAGAAGCCAAAACAGAGAACCAUGGCUUUAACCACCUUCAAUCCCUCACCGCCCCCAAACUUCAGACGCAACGCCACCCAUCUGGCCACCCGAGUCCUUAAAGGCCGCUGGUUCAUGCUCUACGCUUGCUUCCUCAUCAUGUCAGCCUCCGGCGCCACCUACAUCUUCGGCAUCUACUCCAAAGACAUCAAAUCCUCCCUCAACUACAACCAACAGACCCUCAACACUCUCUCCUUCUUCAAAGACCUCGGAGCCAACGUCGGCAUCCUCUCCGGCCUCAUCAACGAGAUCACCCCUCCCUUCGUCGUCCUCCUCCUCGGCGCCUUCAUGAACCUCUUCGGCUACCUCAUGAUCUACCUAUCCAUCACCGCCCGCCUUCCCCGCCCCCCCGUUUGGCAGAUGUGUCUCUACAUCUGCGUGGGCGCAAAUUCCCAGGCUUUCGCUAACACCGGGGCGCUCGUCACCGCCGUCAAGAACUUCCCGGAGAGCCGCGGAAUCGUGAUUGGGUUACUGAAAUGCUUCGUGGGUCUCAGCGGGGCAAUCUUCACGCAGCUUUACUUGGGAUUCUACGGCGCUGACAAUUCCAAAUCCCUGGUUUUGCUUGUUGCCUGGCUUCCGGCCGCCGUGUCUCUUGUGUUUGUGUACACUGUGCGGAAAAUUGAACCGCCGCGUGGCAGGGAGGCGGUUGUGGACAAAACGUUCUAUCAUUUUCUGUAUCUCGCCGUGGCGCUCGGUGGCUAUCUCUUGGUUAUUAUUGUUGUGGAGAAGCUCGUUUCGUUCUCCCGUGCGGAAUUGGCUUCCAAUGGCGCCGCCGUUAUCUUCCUUCUCUUCAUCCCCGUCGCGGUGGUGGUGCGGGAGGAAGUUAAGAGCUUGAAGCAGAGCAGGGCGGUGGCAGAGGAGCGGUGUAGAACGCCGGGAGGAGAAGAAGAAGCCAAUCCGAACAGGACGAAAACAGAGCAGCUGAACAUCAUCAAUGGCACCUCCUCCUCCGGCGAACAAGAACUGAAGACCUCCGAAGAAACCAAACCCAUAAAAGUCCAAAAACCCAACUCCUUCAUAUCAAAAAUCCUCCAUCCUCCUGCGAGGGGCGAGGACUUCUCCAUCCUCCAAGCCCUGUUCAGCAUCGACAUGCUAGUCCUCUUCUUCUCCACAAUCUGCGGCGUCGGAGGAACCUUAACGGCUAUCGACAACAUGGGGCAAAUCGGUGAAUCGUUAGGCUACCCAUCUCGCAGCAUCAACACCUUCGUCUCCCUGAUCAGUAUCUGGAACGCCAUGGGCAGAGUAGCCGCUGGUUUCAUAUCAGAAAUCCUAUUGACAAAAUACAGAGUCCCGCGGCCGCUCGUGCUGACCUUCGUUCUUCUUCUAGCCUGCGCCGGCCACCUCCUGAUCGCCUUCGGCGUGCCCAACUCGCUCUACCUCGCGUCGGUGAUCGUCGGGUUCUGUUUCGGAGCGCAGUGGCCGUUGCUGUUUUCCAUUAUUUCGGAGUUGUUUGGGCUGAAGUAUUACUCCACGCUUUACAAUUUUGGAAGCGUGGCGAGUCCGAUAGGAUCUUAUAUACUGAAUGUGAGGGUGGCGGGGCAUUUGUACGAUAGGGAGACGGAGAGGCAGAACGGAGGGGGAAAGGAGGGGACUUGCAUUGGGGUGAAGUGUUUUCAGGCCGUGGUUGGGGCGGUUGUGUCGCUGGUGUUGGCGGUUAGGACGAGAAAGUUUUAUAAGGGGGACAUAUAUGCGAGGUUCAGGGAGCAGCCGGCGGUGGAGGACGCCAUCAAAAGAGGUUCUUUGGAGGAUAAAGUAGGAGUUAGUUGUGAGUUGGAGGUUGCAGUGAGAUGAUCUCUCUGUCUCUCCGUG